UGCCAGCAGAACAAACUAUAAAUACCCCCACAUAUCAACGCAUCUAUAUAUAUCACGAACAGAAGAAUAUAUUACAUUAAGAAAGCCCAAAAAAAGAAGAAGAUGGCGUCCGAGUGCAAAGGUAAGAGCUCAUGGCCUGAGUUGGUUGGAGUGGAAGGAACGGUGGCGGUGGCUACAAUUGAGAGGGAGAAUCCUUUGGUGGAUGCUAACACUGUGCUUAAAGGAUCCAUCGUCACCGCUGAUUUUCGAUGUGAUAGGGUUCGGGUUUGGGUCACCAAACAUGGAAUUGUUUAUCAGGCUCCAAGAAUUGGAUAAGAAGUGUUUACACUAAAGCACUUCAUAUAUAUGUUAUGAGUCAUGAAUAUAAUAGUAUUUAAAUAAGGAGUUAUUCUUCCAAUUAUGUUAUUUGAUUGAAAAUAAAAACAUGACUAUAAGAAAUUUGUUUUUUCUUAUUUUUAAUUAUGUUAUGCACUGCAAAUAAAUAUACAAAUUGUGUGUUUCAUUUUCUUUUUGUACGCAAUAAUUAAACCAUUUAUAUA